CUGCACACCCUACCAAAGCCCGGCCGCGGGCUCUAUAAAGCGCACCGCAGAAGCAAAGCAGCUACCUCAUCGCCUCGCCUCGUCUCUUGCUCUCUCUCUUUGCCUUCUUGCUCGGCCUCCUCCUCGCAGCAGCAGCAGCCUCUCAGCUUCUCUCGUUGCAUUAUUCGACGGACGCCGACUGCUGAGGAGAUCCAGCAAGGAAGUGAGAAAUGUCUGCGAACGAGGGAGACCUGACGAUGAGGGUGAUCGCCAUGGGCGGCGAUGCCGCCGCGGAGAGGAGGGCUGCCGAGGAGAAGCUCUGCGAGUACACCCUCGACGGCUCCGUGGACAUCAAGGGGCGGCCGGCGGUGAAGGGCAAGUCCGGAGGAUGGCUCGCCGGAGGCCUUAUUCUCGUGAACCAGGGCCUGGCGACGAUGGCCUUCUUCGGCGUGAACGUGAACCUGGUGCUGUUCCUGACGAGGGUGGUGCAGCAGAGCAACGGCGACGCGGCCAACAACGUGAGCAAGUGGACGGGCACCGUCUACAUGUUCUCCCUCAUCGGCGCCUUCCUCAGCGACUCCUACUGGGGCCGCUACAAGACCUGCGCCAUCUUCCAGGCCAUGUUCGUCCUCGGGCUCGGGCUGCUGUCGCUCUCCUCGCGGCUAUACCUCAUCAGGCCGGUCGGGUGCGGCACGGAGCACACGCCCUGCGCCUCGCACUCCGGCACGGAGAUGGGGAUCUUCUACAUCGCGCUCUACAUGAUCGCCUUCGGCAACGGCGGCUACCAGCCCAACAUCGCCACCUUUGGGGCCGACCAGUUCGACGAGGAGGACCCCGCCGAGGCGCACUCCAAGGUCUCCUUCUUCAGCUACUUCUACCUGGCGCUCAACCUCGGCUCGCUCUUCUCCAACACCUUCCUCAGCUACCUCCAGGACCAUGGCAAAUGGGUUCUCGGGUUUUGGGCCUCCACCGGCGCCGCCGCCACCGCCUUGCUGCUCUUCCUCAGCGGGACGCCCCAGUACCGCCACGCGCAGCCCUGCGGCAACCCCAUGGCCAACAUCUGCCAGGUGGCCUCCGCCGCCUGCAGGAACUGGAAGUCUGGCGGCGUGUCGCCCGACGUGGAGAUCCUGUACGAGGGCGACGAGAAGACGGACGCCGGUUCAAGGAAGCUUCUGCACACUAAAGGCUUCAGGUUCUUGGACCGCGCGGCACUCACCACCGAAGACACCAACUCCAAGCUCGCCACCUGCAGCAAAACGCGCGACCAGUGGAAGCUGUGCACGGUGACGCAGGUGGAACAAGUGAAGAGCAUCCUCCGGAUCCUCCCUAUCUGGGUCUGCACCAUCCUCUACUCCGUCGUCUUCACCCAGAUGGCGUCGCUCUUCGUCGUGCAGGGGGCCGCGAUGCGCCGGGCCACACCUUUGGGCGGCUUCUCGAUCCCGGCCUCCAGCAUGUCGGCCUUCGACAUCCUCACCGUGGCCACCACCAUCUUCCUGUACCGGCGGGCCAUCUGCCCAUUCCUGGCACGGUUCACCGGCCGCUCGACCGGACCCACCGAGCUGCAGAGGAUGGGCCUUGGCCUGGUCCUCGGCGCAAUGGCCAUGGCCACCGCCGGCACGGUCGAGCACUUCAGGAAGGCCAGCGCGACCACCGCCAACAGCAGCGAGCUGCACAUCCUGUGGCAGGUGCCGCAGUACGCGCUGAUCGGCGUGUCGGAGGUGAUGAUGUACGUGGGCCAGCUCGAGUUCUUCAACGGCGAGAUGCCCGACGGGUUCAAGAGCUUCGGCAGCGCGCUGUGCAUGAUGUCCAUGUCCCUCGGCAACUACUUCAGCGACAUCAUCGUGAGCGCGGUGACCAAGGCCACCGCCGUGGACGGGCGGCCGGGCUGGAUACCGGCGGACCUGAACGAGGGCCACCUCAACAAGUUCUACUUCCUGCUCGCCAUACUCUCUGUCGCCGACUUCGCGGUGUACCUCGUCUUCGCCGGCCGCUACAGGAAGAGCUGCAAGGUGGACGGGCGGAGCGACGACGAGGAGGAAGGAAGCGUGGACGACGAGGAGGCAUGCCACGCGUGACUCGGCGGCCUCUCUCGACGGCCGCCUGGCUGCGGUGGUUCUUGAGAUCGGAGACUUCAUGCACGAGCAUUGGUACGUACGUUCAGCGCGCGCGACGGGUCUCUCGUUGAUGAUAGGACAUGCAUGGGAUCGGCGGUGGCUGGCUGCUGCUGCGACUAAAGAAUAAGCAUGCCAGUGUCAUGUGCAACUACGAUGGCAUGUACGCCUAUGUCUAGCUAUGUGUUCGUUUCUUGGCAUUUUUGGCCAGUGUGACGCUGUAACUGACCACUACUUAUGUUCACGGUACCGCUGACUAGUCUGCUACCACUUCAUUUAUAUGCAUGCAUGGACAGCGCACUUCAUUUGUAUGCAUAACUUUCUUUCUUCC